AUGCUGGUCGACAAGAACGAGGUGGCUCGCAUCGAUGUGGACACUCGCGAGAAGCUCAUCCACAAGUUUGGCGACCGUUUCGAAGAGGUUGUCGAGCGCAGCGCGCGUAGCACAAUGUGGCAAACCAACUCAUCUAUUGGUGAGACUUUCCGACGAUGGCCAAUGUCGGUCACCUGGUCCAUCCUCUUCUCUCUAGCCAUAGUGCAAAUAGGGUUUGAUUCCUCUAUUCUCUCGUCAUUUUUUGCUCAACCAGCGUUUACCGAGAAGUUUGGCGAAUGUAAAGUGGCAGUAGAUGGUUCCAAGGAUUGCGAGAUCUCUGCGCCAUGGCAGCAGGGUUUGACUAAUGGAGCUUGGAUUGGAGGCAUUGUUGGUCUCCAACUCGCCGGUAGCAUUGCUGAGCGAAUUGGUCACCUUCGUCUUAUGAUGAUCAGCACCACGCUUAUGCUAGCCUUUGUCUUCAUUCCGUUUUUUGCCACCAGUCUUCCCGUCUUCCUCGUCGGUCAGAUCUUUAUGGGCAUCCCUUGGGGCGGAUUCCAAUCGCUUGCUUCCGCCUACGCUUCUGAAAUCUGCCCCGUUUCCCUUCGACCACUUCUGACGACCUACGUCAACCUGUGCUGGGUGUUUGGACAGUUGCUCGCCGCUGGUGUACUUCGUGGAACCGUAGGGCGUUCAGAUGUCUGGGCUUGGAAGAUCCCUUACGCGGUUCAGUUCUUUUGGCCUUUCCCAGUGUUUAUUACUUGCAUCUUUGCGCCCGAAUCGCCGUGGUGGUUGACUCGACACGGUAAACACGAUCAGGCGAACAAGUCGCUCGACAGGCUGCUCAACAAGCAAGGGUUGUCGGCUUCGGAAGCGCAAGAACUCGUCAAGGACUACCAAGCCAUGAUUCAAUACACGGAGGCCAUGGAGCAGAUCAACGAAAACGAACAGACCAACCAAAAGACGAACCGCUACAUCGACUGCUUCAAGGGCGUCGAUUUGCGCCGUACCGAGAUCGCCUGCUGGGCGUGGCUGAUUCAGAUCACGUCUGGUGCGCCACUUCAAGGAUUUUCCACCUACUUUUUCAGUCAAGCGGGCCUUUCGACAGUCAACGCCUUCAACAUGUCGAUGGCCAUGUAUGCGCUCGGUGCGGUGGGAACGAUCAGCUCUUGGUUCUUGGUCAACCGCGUGGGCCGUCGACAGAUGUAUCUCUGGGGAUUGGGCGCUAUGUUUACAACCAUGCUCAUCACCGGUAUCCUCGGAUUUGUUCGUCAGACCUCCGCUGUCUCGUGGGCUGUAGGCGCUAUGCUGCUGCUCUGCACGUUUUUCUACGAUCUCACUAUCGGACCAAUCUGCUUUGCCAUCAUCGCCGAGGUCUCUUCGACCAGGCUCAGGAGCAAGACGAUUGUAUUGGCGUGCAACACGUACAACGUUGCAUUGAUUGUGGCCAACGUUCUUCAACCUUACAUGCUCAACUCGGACGAAUGGAACUGGGGUCCCAAGACGGGGCUCUUCUGGGCUGGCACGGCGGCGGUAUCAAUGGUGUGGACCUACUUCCGCUUGCCCGAGCUUGCCAACAGGACUUAUGGAGAGCUCGACGUACUUUUCGCUGCCAAGGUUCCGGCACGCAAGUUUGCCAGCACCACCAUCGAUCAGUUCCGUACCAUCGAGCAAGAAGCGGCUUCGGUGGAUGUAGAAAAGUCGAGCGUUUCCGAAAAGUACACGACUGAAGACGAGCAGAUUGCGCUGGCUGCUUUGUCCAAGUGA